AUGGAAUCGAAAUCAACGACGAUUACGACUGCAGCGGCGCCGGUGGCGUUCGGGCUCACAGAGGGGCUCAUCGAGAAGUUCAGCGGAGACGACAAAUCUUACUCGUCGAGUAAGUGGGCUCAAGACAUCGAGGAUAACGCUGAGAUAUUUCAGUGGACGCCGCAACAAACUUUGAUCGUAGCUCGCCGGUCACUCACCGGGACGGCUGAGCUAUGGUUAAAAUCCGAGAAGGCAUUCAAAACCUACGGCGAUCUCAAGGCUGCGCUUGUGAAGGAAUUUCCAGACACCGCGAACGUCAAGGAAAUGCACGAGCUAAUGGCGGCACGCAAGAAAUUAAAAGGCGAGACGUAUUAUCAGUACAUGUUGCAUAUGAAAGAGCUAGCGCGGCCAUUGAAGGAAAAGCUGGCUUUCUAUGAGAAAAUGAAGUCCAAAACCAGGGAGCGAGAAAAGAGAACCGAGAGGUUAAAAGGUCAUGCGAGGUCGGCGGAGGCGUCCUCGGCAGCAUCGGGAUCGGCGAGGCGGUGCUAUAGCUGUGGUGACAUGGGACAUGAAGCGGGUCAUCGGCAUCGGGUCAUUCAGGCGCCAAGAUGGCGGGCGCAGGCGGCAGCGGCGCUCACGGCGGCCGAGGAGGCGGGCUUCCGGUUCCGGGAGGCCGGAAAGUUGGGACCCAAGCGACCCGCGGCUAUGUUCGGAACGGUGAACGAAGUAAGCGGAAACGAGACUGUCCGCGCGGUCAUAGACAAUGAAACGUCACUGACAUUGACAGAUGUCAACACUGUAAAUGUGACAGCUACGAGUUACGAAGAUCGAAACGUUAACAUCACGCAUGUAAACAAAUGUGUUCGGAAGCCGGUAAAAGACAUUAAAAUUAAUAAUACAGUUUUAAAUGCUCUCGUAGAUUCAGGAUGUGUAGCAGUCAAUGUUGAUCACAUUCAAGAUCCAGCAGUAAGGAGUGAGGUUAUGCAAUGUGUUGAGGAGUAUAAGCCAUUGUAUAAGGAAGAGGCCCCGAUCCAACUUCAAAUUGUAUUGAAGGAUGACAUCCCAGUGCGACAGCGACCCAGACGACUGUCACUUAUGGAGCAACAGGUAGUGGAAGAUCAAAUCGAGGAAUGGCUUGAUAAAGGCAUCGUGAGGGUGAGUUUCUCAGAUUACUCCAGUCCUUUAGUGCUAGUAAAGAAGAAAGAUGGUUCGACUAGGGUCUGUGUGGACUAUAGGCAGGUCAACAAGAAAAUAGUUAAGGAUGAAUUUCCACUUCCCGUAAUCCAUGAUCUGAUUGACAAAUUGCAGGAAGCUAAGGUAUUCAGUGUACUUGAUUUGAAAAGUGGGUUCUUUCAUUUGAAGGUCAGCGAGGAGUCUAUUAAGUACACAUCAUUUGUCACUCACCACGGGCAGUUUGAAUUUCUCCGUGCCCCGUUUGGUUUGUCCACCUGUCCCAAGACUUUUAUGAGAUUUCCUUGGAUGAAGUUCAGGCUGUAUCGAGGUUGAAGCAAGUGCUAGAAGUCGCAGCACAUUAUGGCUUGGAGAUUAAUUGGAAAAAGGCGAACCUACUGCAGCGUGAAGUUGAGUACUUGGGCCACAGGGUGAAGGAUGGAGAAGUACGGCCGAGUACAGAUAAGGUGGAUGCAGUCAUAAGGUACCCUGAGCCAAGAACCCUCAAGCACUUGCACAGUUUUGUUGGAUUGACAAGCUAUUUCAGGAAGUACAUUGAAAAUUAUGCUUCUGUGGCGAAGCCAUUGACUGAUUUAUUAAAGAAGAAUACAGAGUUCAUAUUUGAGGAUAAGGAAAGAAAAGCUUUUGAGACACUGAAGAAUAAAUUAGCUAGCGGACCUGUUCUGAAGAUUUUCAAUCCGAAGUUGAAGACUGAAUUGCACACCGAUGCCUCAGGUGUAGCAUUGGCUGCAAUACUCAUGCAACACCAUCCAGGGUCAGGCUUACACCCAGUACAUUACAUGAGUAAGAAGACAACUGACAUUCAGAGCCGGUACUCAAGCUACUAAUUGGAAGCACUAGCCAUCAUAGAAGGUAUCAGGAAGUUCAGGCACUACCUUUAUGGUAUUCCAUUUAAAAUAGUCACAGACUGUAAGGCUUUUGAAUUAACACUUAAGAAGAAAGACUUGUCAGCCAAGGUAGCCAGGUGGGUCCUCAUGCUCAGUGAAUAUGAUUUGAAGUGGAGCACAGAGCGGGCUCCAGGAUGCAGCAUGCAGAUGCUUUGAGCCGCAUACCAACAGUGGCAGUGGUUACUACUCUGCAGGAGAGUUUACGCCAAGCACAAGAUCAAGAUGAUGGCAUAAAAGCCAUAAAGGAAAUUUUGAGAGGAGGAAGUCCAUACGACGAUUAUUGGUUAGAAAAUGGUGUGUUGUAUAAGACUGAGCAGAAGCUGUUUGUAGUGCCAAGAAGUUUGGAGAAAGAAAUUAUUAACAGAGUACACAGCAAAGGUCACUUUGGAAAGUCUAAGAUGAAAGAGUUACUGAAUAAGGAAUAUUACAUUAGAGAUGUGGACAAGAAGAUGCAGGAUUUUUUAUUGAGUUGCAUUCCUUGCCUACUAGCAACAAGGAAGGAAGGAAAACAGGAAGGAUUCUUGAAUCCGAUAGAGAAAGAAGGUGUUCCAUUUGAUACCCUGCAUUUAGACCAUAUUGGUCCACUUACAGAGACAAGAAAGCAAUACAACUACAUACUCACGGUGAUAGAUGGGUUUACGAAGUUCGUAUGGCUGUUUCCCACGAAAACUACUUCAUCAUCAGAGACAUUAAGGAAAAUUCAGAUUCAUCAGCAAAUAUUU